AUGAACAAAAGUUUUAAAAUAUUGUUGAAUUUUUUACUACUUCUGGUUAACAGCAUUAAUGUCAAAUGUGUCAGAGAUUCUGAAGAAACUACAAGAAAUUACUACAAACCACAAAUCCACUUUAAUAUUCAUAAUGAUUAUGGAAAUACUUUCGGUACGAAUGGCUUAAAACCAAACACGUACAUAGCUAAAAAUUACUUCUUUGAAAGUCUGCCUCCACUUGGACCAGGUCCGUUAGCAAAAGCAUUGUUUUCAGAUGGCUAUGAGUGGGCUUUUUCUGGUCCAUAUGAUACAUUAAAUAAUAAAAGAUGGAAUACGAUUGAAGAUAGACGAUGGCGUGAAACAACUCAUGCUCCAUAUUUUCAGAAUAAAGUUCCUGGGGAGGAUAAAAUCAUCCCAGCUAGUGUUGUUGUUGGAGCUGCAACAGCAUUUGGAUUGGUUUCAUUACUGCCACUAGCAGUUCCUCAUCACAAGCCACUCAUGUAUUGUGGCGAUACAAACUUAAAUCAAUUGGCGAUUCGAAUAAACAACAAAAAUAUUUAUGUCUGCAAUGAGCACAACUUUGAAAUCGCAUGUCCAGACAAUUUUAAAAAUCAGAUAAACUAUCAAUGCAUGAACAAGAAAAUCCAAUGUGACUUGAAAUACGAUGAAAUUGAAGGAAAUGUUUAUUGCAGAAAUGAAACUUUGUUUAGUAAGACAAAUAUUUUUUGUACUUCAACGACGAAUAUUGCUGGAAGGAUUGAGACUUUAUCGAUAUUAGAAUGUAACGAAGGAGAUAUUCCUGACAAUUUAUCGUCUUUUAUUCCUACUACGACUCCAUCGCCCUAUACUAUAACAACGACUGCCACAACUAAGCCUUUAUCAUUUGGAGCAAAAGCUCAUGUUUUCAUGCUUAAACUGAUUGGAAGAUUUGAUGUUUUGGAAGAUGAGACAAGUCCAAAUGUCAACUCAAUUUCUGGUUUUCGUCCUUGGUAUCCUGAACCAUUAAAGACCCCUGAUAUAGACACUUAUGAUUGGAUGAGAACUAUUUCGUAUCCAAAUAAUAUUACAAGAUACGAACCUUUGCCUAAGAAACUGAUUGAAGUUGCAGAGAAGACACCAGCAUCUGAAAUUCCUAAAAAUUGGGUAAAAGUGUUGAAAAUCGAAUAG